AUGAACGACACGAUUUUCCAUCCAGUUACGAAACCAGGCCGCUGUCCAAGCGUGUCGAACAGCACAAGAUGCGAGCAGGAAUGUCUGACAGACGCGGACUGCGCCGGAGAAAUGAAAUGUUGCAACAAUGGCUGCGGUGCAUCCUGCCUCGAACCAGCUGCGCAGGAUGUUUCAACAACUUCUCCAAGAUCGGUCACUGUACCACCGGUUGGAGCGGAACCAGCCUCGAUCAAGCAACCGGAAGAGCCGAAGGUUAGCGCUCAGGAGGGUGGCUACGUAACAUUGACGUGUGUAGCCGUAGGAAAUCCAAAACCAAGCGUUACGUGGAGGAAGGGCACGACGCUGAUCGCUGCCUCAGAGAGCAGGCGUCGCAUAUUGCUGGACGGUUCACUUCAGAUCAUUAAUUUAGACCGAUACGACGGCGGGACUUACGUCUGCACAGCUGACAAUGGCUUAGGGCCACCGGUAAGAGCGGAAUACCAAUUGGUGGUCACAGAACCGAAAGAACUGGCCGCGGCCAUCAUCGGAGAGCCUAACACUCACGUAACGGUCACCAUGAAUUCGCCUAUAUCUCUGCACUGCUACGCAUGGGGCUGGCCGAGGCCUUUCGUCACUUGGUGGCAAGGUGAUCGCAUGUUGCCACUUACGUCGGAGCUUUACGAGCAAGAUUCCGAGUACACGCUUUUGAUACGGUCCGUCACGCUGCCUACAUUGGGCGUGUACACCUGUCAAGCGUUCAACGCGAUCGGCAGGGCUGCGUCCUGGUCGGUGACGUUACAAGCUGUCGGCCCGGUGUACAAUGUGAAGCCAGAGUACGAGAAGUAUCUCAAGUACCUGGUCGAUCCGCCUAGAAAGCACGAGAGACCUCAGUAUCCCCACAGACCUAACAGAACUCAAACUUCCGACUCUCAUACGUACGGACCCGCGUUCACCACCAGACAGUUUCACGUCCCUACGGCCAGUCCCAUUGGAUACACUACCUUGGAUUAUGGUACCAAGUUCAGAGGUGAGAGAGUGAUCUGUGGAGUUUCUAUUUUUGGAGUUUCCUCGUUGCACUGUCAGGAACUGGAGUUCUUCGAAGAAGUUCAAACGCAAGGAGAUUAA